AUUCUUCUGUAAUACGAAUCUAACUAUUUAUUCUUCUUCAAAUUUCUUCUUGAGUAAGUUUUCUUGUGCACUUGUUUUGCCAUCGACAAUGGCUGAAAAAACGGCAGCGGCACCCCAAGUCUCGGACAGCAAUAACCAGUUCGCCAAUAACCUAUACCAUAUUUUGGCUGAAACAUCACCAGGAAAUAUAAUCUUCUCUCCUAUCAGCCUUCAUGCUGUUCUUUCCAUGGCUUACCAAGGCGCUCGGGGUACAACAGCUGAAAAAUUUGCUUCCACGUUAAAAGUGCCGGACGCUAAAGUUGCUAAAGAUGGUUACAGUGUUAUAAUGAACCAUCUCAAUUCUGUUCCCGACGUUACACUUUUGAUGGCUAAUAAAGUUUACCUUAUGGAAGGAGAUACACUUUUACCAGAAUUCAAAGAAGCUAUCACUAACAAUUUCCUGUCUGAUGUCCAGUUACUUAAUUUUGGUGACCAGACGGCAGCUGCUACAAGUAUUAACACUUGGGUUGAAGAGAAAACACAAGAAAAAAUCAAGGAUUUAGUGAAGAAAGAAGAUUUAAAUGAAUCCACGCGUUUAGUUCUUGUAAACGCUAUUUAUUUCAAGGCCAUGUGGAAGCACGUAUUUAAGAAGGAAUCCACCAAAACUCAACCAUUCUAUCUAAAUGAUAUAGAUUCAGUAAAUGUGCAAAUGAUGCAUAUGAGAAAGAAGUUUAAUUUUAACGCAGUUAAGGAAUUGGAAGCGCAAAUCUUAGAAUUGCCAUACACCAAUGGAAACAUAAGUAUGGUCAUUAUUUUACCUUUCGAGAGAAAUGGAAUUGCCGAGUUGGAAAAGAAGCUGGCUACUGUAGACUUGGCUAAAAUUACAAAUGAGCUGUACAACCAACAAGUUACCGUUGCCUUGCCAAAAUUCAAAAUUGAACAAACCAUUGAUUUAAAAGAUUCUUUAAUCAAGCUUGGACUUGGCGAAAUAUUUGAUGGAUCUGCAGCUAAUUUCAGCGGCAUGAUUAGUUCAAAAGAACCCCUACAUGUAAGCAAAGUCAUACAGAAAGCGUUUAUUGAAGUAAAUGAGGAAGGAUCUGAGGCAGCAGCGGCCACUGCAAUGAUAAUGAGGGGUAGGUGUCAUAUAGAAGGUCCAGACAUCACCUUCAUUGCUGAUCAUCCAUUUGUUUUUGUGUUGCUGGAAAAAUCCACUGAAACACAUAUUUUAUUUACUGGAAAAAUAAUUAACCCGCAACUUUAAGAAUCAAGCUGUAUUUUCUUUGGAACAGAAGUAACAAUUUAAGGUGUAAAAUAAAUAGUUGUGUCGUU